AUGUUGGUCCCUCCCGUGGCCCAAACUGGGGAUCGUGCUGUAGGCGACACGGGCACUCGGGCCCAACAGACGUCCGGCCCUGCCGCGGCAGCAACCCUAUGGCCCUUGGCACCUGCGCAAUCCAAUCAGGUUCCCAGCCAACAGUCGCAAGGUAUACCACCCUUGGCCGCGACCCCCGCACCGGCUCAUAGCCAAGGUGUGAGUCGUUACGGGCUGUACUCUUUAUUCCCCGGGGGUGGCGGGGGUAGUUACGUCGCGGCCACUCCCGCCACCCCAGGACCGCCUACACCAGCACGAGCUUAUCACGCGACAACACACAAGGUUUCAGAGAGCGUGUUUUCUGCCGCCGUUGGGGUUGGAGUGGGUGGUUAUACCUGGGGUGCUCCCACGCCACCUCCUGGAUCACCGUACAGCCCAGUUCCUGUGACGCAGCUCGAACUACUGGCCAAGAAUUUGGCCAGUUUAGCUCCUUCGGGUCAACAGGCGCUUAGUCUUCAAGGUGUCGGUGUGAACGUCGGCAGUUUGCAUCACGCCCAACAUACCCAACAUACACAACAUACACUGAACCUAACUGGUCUUCAUCAUCUUCAUCAUGGAGGUCUUCAUCAAAACACUUUCUCACCGCAACUGUCUUUGGUCACCGGGAACACUCCCACGUUGACGAUUAACAGUUUCUCGUCGCCAAAUUCGACGGGGAACGUGGUACCAACAACGGGAGUGCUACUUCAAGAGUAUCAGUCGCCGACAGGUUCGACUACCGGAUGCUCGGUCACCGUGAACGGCACCUCGUGCCCGACGAGCUCAACGACGAGCACGAUGGUGAUGCAGGGCGGAGAGCAGACCACUGGCAACCAGGUCGUUCAGACCACCAGCAAGAAACGAGAGGCCUUCCUGCCGAGUCAAGGUCAGCCGGUGAAACUGGAGAACAAAUCGCCUAGGCAGCCCUGCGUUUGCAGAAACACCGGGAAGACAAAGACUGUACAUUCCGAUGCGGGCUGCAGCAGGACGUUGCCGGUUGCCUCGUCCUGGAACGGGCAAGAUUCGAGUUGCAAUAACAACGUGAAUGGCGGCGGUAACUUGGUGAAAAGGGAGCCCUUGGCUUCGGUGCCGUGUCAGGUCGCCGAGGUCUCAACGUCCCUUCAUGCAACCACCACUUCUGUGAAAAUCGAGCCAGUUCCACCGAAAUCGGAAAACGGAAUCGUGGUAUCGAACGCAGGGGCCGGUGGUGUACCAGUUGGAAUCGCUGUGGCAAGGCAGAGAUUACAGCAUCAAGAAACUUCGACUUCGAUGCGCAAUCUUUCCCUGAGUCAUCACACCUCGCAUCAUGCGAGCUAUCAUCACUUCCAGCCUGACAGUCUUGGUUCAAGCACGGCCAUGACAGUAGGCGGUGCGACCCUGAUGCAUUGCGGAGGACCUGGAGGGGAGGAUCGUCCGGCCCACCUUGCCAUUCCUUCGGGAGCUCUAGCACCCUCCUUGAACGCUACUCUCGGCUCGAGCCUGAAUUCCAGCCUAAAUUCCACGCUGGGUAGCAUCGGAGCCGCGGCGAGCGCAGCCACCGCUGCCACGACCGCAUGGCCGCCUACCUUAUGGCAGUACCCCGCGGCGGCCGCGGCCGCUGCAGCUGCAGCUGCAGCAAUGCCAAUGGAACCAGUUGGGUUUCCACAAAUGGGUGUCGGACUUCAAGGUGGUCUGCAGUUGGUCAGAGAUCCAACAACGGGUCAUCUUCUUCUGAUUCAUGCCGCCGAACAAAUGCAGCAAGCUGUAGUGUGGCCAAAUUACUCGAAUCACAAUAAUGGAAACAUCGCGCCGCCACCUCUUUUAUUUCCACCACCGCCACCGCCGUCUCUUCAGCUUUUGAGCGACAUGGGCGGAGCAAGGUUGGUUCUCACUGAAAGCAAGAGAAAGCAACAAAGUGCCCUACCUAUUGUCAAGAUAGAGGCCGACUGUGGCACGAGUCCUACCGCCAUAAUCACGUCGACUGAAUCAACGAAAGCCUUGCAGACUGUAACAUCGAUGACAGGAGCCAUCGUGCCGGAUACACCUCUGGUGACUACACUGCACUAUUACCCUCACGCACCUGCACUGGUCCAAAUUAGCCAGGCCGAGCCCACGCAUUGCAGAUCGCAGGCGACCUCCCCUGUGUCGUGCUUGACGCCGCCGCCCGAGGUAACAACGAUUCACGCGGUCGAGCCGCCGGAAGUUGCGCCGAUAGUCGGUGUUCAAGAUGCAUCGAACCAGACAGACGCGCCGGAACCCGAGGAUCAGGAACCACCACCGCCACCGCUACCGCUACCGCUACCGCUACCACCACCGCCCCCUCCACCGCUGGUAGAUACGUGCGUGAAGCAGGAAGAAAAUUUUACUCCUUGUCAGCUACAGAAUUCAAACAAUUUGACCACGACCACUACCAAUCUGACAAACCUGACUAACUUCGAGAUCGUGGCCGCCUCGCCAGACAAGGUGUGCAACGUAGUUCGAAUAACAACUACGACGACCACCGUCAAUCCGGCCGUCUGCAGCUUCGUUGGCAAAGUGGACAAAGCAGAAAACACUAUUAUUAAUAUGGCCGACUGUCCGAAAUACUCUAUCACGAAGGACUGCAGGAGCGUCACGGCCAUUGACAGAACCAUAGAACACGAGAACGAAAAGAACGAAGAAGACCGGUUAUCGUCUAGGGACAUGAGAAGCGGACCAAGGAUCAUUGAGAUCACCGAGGAAAAUUGUGACAGUUUUCAUGAGAAUCUGGAAUUUUUCGGAAGGAGGAAAGAUCACUCGAUGGACCGUCACAGGGACAGGAAGAGGAUCUAUGCUGCAGAGUCUGUUCUGACUGAUCAGGAAAUUAAGGAUGACACGAAGGCUGUUGAGAAGUGUGAGACUGAGUUACCUAAAACCGAAGACGGAAAAGCUGCGAACGUACACAGACACGCGAUCUUCGCGUCCACAGAAAUUCCUGAGGUCGCGCAAAAGCAGACGGAAGAAUCAAACGGACCAAAGAUCACGGCGAAGUCGUUCGACAUGCCAAGCAUCGAUUGCGAUGACCAAGAGGUCGAAAAAAUAGUAAUAAAGCAAGAGGUCGAUGAGACUGCGUACGAAGAUUACAUGUACAAUGGUGAAGCGACAUCGGCGAUAGAAAAGCCAACAAAGUGUCAGGAUUCGGCGAAGAGGCACUCGGUGGAGAAGUUUCAUCCUGGGAUAGAGAAUGUGGUGGAAAAAUUGAAGAAGAACGCGGCCGCGGCUUUGCAGGAGACGGUACUUCAGAAGGUCGAGGAUCCGAAAGACAACGGCGCGGAUAUCCAGUGCUCGAAGAACCGUUUAGAUGCAACGCCAAGGACAUUGGAGAGCGGUUUGAAGAAGCACAUCCUCAGAUCCUGUGGGAACACGCUGUUCGACGACAGACAUGAAAUUCCAAGGGUGCCUGAGGUUUCUUCUUCGGCAGAGGCAACGGGAUCUGGACACGAGCCUCAGCAUCAUCGACUCAAGUGUUUGGAAACAGCAGAAUUCUUUUUAAACGAUAACAAUAACGACACUAGGAGUAGCAACAACAAUAUUAAAGUGACCGAGAAGAAGGAUUUGGAUUUAAGGAAUGAAAAAGCGUUAUCGGUAGAUGUGCGCGAGGUGGAAGAAGUGAAAUGUUUCGACGACCCCGCAACACCUAAGAAGCAACGAAAGGUAGAAGAAGGGACGUAUGCGUCGUCGCCGGACAAUCAAAGUUCCAAGUCACGAGUCAGUUUCAAACAAAAGCCUGCGGUUGAUAUAAGCGGACUGGAGCUUCUUUCGAACAGCAUCGAACAACUGGAACAUCUAAAGCCGGAUACGGACAAUGUCGCCGUAUCAACCGAUCUUGAAACAUCACCCAUCAAAGCCAAGCUGAUUUCUCCCCAAGGAGAGAGUAAUAACAAUAACAACGUGGAUAGCCCAUUGGGUUUGUUGUGCGCCCUCGCGGAGCAAAGGUUUAUGGAAGAAGUAGGCGACAAAGUACCCAGAAGGCUCAACCUCGAAAGCUCUGAAGAGAUAUCUCACGCUGGCAGACUGUUACUGAACUUGGGGAGAGGAAAUCAUCGCGAGAAGGAGGCAGGAAAAGAAUCGCACAAACGAAAGUAUGCCCAGACAGAUACAGAGAAUGAGAACUCGAAAAGAUUUAAGAGCGACGUAGAGUUCGAGGACGAAGAAUCAAAGUGCGACACGUUCAACUAUGAUGAAAGGAACGAUACUAGUAAACCGUGUGCAGAGAGAUUGCAAAAUGGAACGACCUUCAGGACAAAGGGAAAGACAAGAAGGAGUAUAGACUUCUCUGAAAGGAACGGUGUCAGAGUUGAUGGUGACGAGGAAACGGCGAAGGACAAAUCUGCUGGCAAAAACAGACCGUACAAGGACUCGGAUUACGAAAGGAGCGAAGCUUUCGAAGAAUACAAAUAUCGCUACGUUGAGUAUCAACAAGCGAACGGUACGUGCUAUCGAAAAGAGUCUGCUGAAGACAAUCUGUCGGACUCUGACACGGAAUCGUACAAUCGAAAUCUGGCUUCACAAGCCAUAGAAGAAAGCAAUGGAGACGUAAACAGAAAACUGUCUGCUGCAGAAUAUCGCGAUUGUCAUGAUUAUAGAAACUUACAAGCAAAAUUAGAUGCAAAAAAAUUUAUUGCACGAAAGGGUCACGCGGACAAUGACGCAGACUGGCCGAACAUGGACGCCAUGGAAUUAGAUAUGAGAGUCAGGUUGGCUGACAUUCAGAGGCAAUAUAGAGAAAAACAGAAGGAAUUGUUCAAGUUAACACCGAAAAAAGAUGAGAAGAAAAGUCCUGGAAGGCCACGCAAAAAGAGCCAUUCAUCGAGUUCUGAUCACGGUCCUCUUGCGUCGCCGCCAAUGUUAGAGCCUACGCCUUCUCCACAAAAAUCCCCCUUGCAUUCACCUGCUGGAACACCACCGCCAUUGACAUCUACUGUCCUAGCCAUGCCGCGGUGUAACGUGAACUUGGUGAAACUGGGUGAGCCAAGAAGUCACAUUAAACUGUUGGAUAGUAUACCAAGCAUUCCGAUCCCCGUUUCGCCGGUCGCUUCACCUAUUACUGUUCCACCAUCGAACAAACCAUCGCAGGACGACGAUGAGAAAAGCACAGGAAGGCUGGAAUAUGACACAUCGUCACCUGCAUCGACCGUAGCAAAUUCCAGUUCAGCUUCGAAAAAACGAAAGGUUGGUCGGCCUAGGAAACUGAUGUGCACAUCGGGAAACGUGAGACACCUGACGGAAACGAUAGUUGCAAAGAAACCUAAAAGCAAGAGCUCCCUCGUAGGCUAUUUAUUGUCGUCGAAGAACAGACAUCUUCAAGCAAAGUAUGUGGGUAAAACUGGGUACACUCCGUUGCCUUUCAAGACCGGAGGAAUGUCCUUGAUGAAAUCGUCCUCUAAGAAUCAUAAGUCGACGAAAUCGAAAUCCAAACCCGCGAAACAGACACCUCUGCAUAACAAGAACGUGAUCAGUUCGAUAAUCGCGGAAAAAGCGAAACUGAGUCAGGACGUCAAGUUGGAGAAACAGAGCAAACCGAAGCCGAAACUGAAAACAGAGGUGAAAGUUAAAAUAUGGGAGGAUGAUGAAUCGAGUAGUGUUGCGGAGAGUGUGUUGCCGGAAUCUACUGUGCAGGAACCAAUAAAGGAGAUUCCCGUUGAGACACCAGAGGCGGUGGAAAAAGAAUGCGAGAGGAGUAGGCACGAGAAGUCGAAGAAGAAGAAACGGAAGUCCAGUUCGUCGUCUCCGUCGCGACGCAAGUCGAACGACCGCGAGAAAAAGGAAUCGAAACGAAGGAAAUCGCUCGAAUGCAAGGAGUGCAGAGAAUGCGCGAAAACCGCAAAGGCCGAGAAGACGGAAAUCGUUAACAAGUGUAAAUUAACGUCGGCACACUUGGCCAUCGACCAGCUGAGGGUUCUUACGGCGAUGGGUGGGCUAUUUUACGCGGGAAGACUCAACGCCGUUCAAGCUCCUGACGUUUAUGCGAUUACGUUGGACGGCGAACGGGGCAACAGACCUCAUAUCCAUUCCAGAGAGGAAAUUCUACGGGACGCGAUCGUGGAAGUAUGUCCUACUUCGACGAAAGAGUUACCGCCUGGUACAAGACUCUGUGCUUACUGGAGCCAGCAGUAUCGGUGCUUAUAUCCGGGCACCUCUGUCGAACCGACAGAACCGGACCCAGAGCUCGAUGAAAAGUUUGUGAGCGUGGAGUUUGAUGACGGAGAUAGUGGCAGAAUCGCCUUGGAUGAUAUCAGAUUACUACAACCCGAUUAUCCUGUUGUUGAGUACGAUCCAAAUCCUUUGUUGUCACUGGGCAAGCGUCGAAGGCAAACGUCGGUGUCGAUGGAAGAUAAACGCUCAUCGAGCAACAAUCAACCAUUGACUUCGUUGAACACAAAUAAUGCGAUCCCCACUGUUACCUCCACAACGUGUUGUUACGUUUCGUCGUCUGAGGGACAAUCGCUGGAACGACAUAAGUCGGACGACAUGGACGCGAAAGAUUUGGAAGAAUAUCGCGAGAGGAAACGCAUGAAGAAGAGAAGAAGAGACAAGUUGAAGAGGUUGCAAGAGGCACAGGAAGGAAAGAAAAAGCAUAGAAGGCACAAAUGUUGCGAGGAACACAGAAAGCACAAACACAGGAAACACCGUAAACACAAGCACAAACACAGCCACCAUAGCAGCCACAGCGAAGGAAGUCACGUAAGUGGAGAGAGUUCCUGUGGCCAGAAAAGCGAAGAGGAAAUGGCCAAGGAGGUAGUGUCUACAGUGGAUAACGAUGCAGAAGUUGAGGAGGAAAUAGUAUCGCAAGAAGAGAUUGUUCCGGAACCGAUUAAGGAACCCCUACGCGAGGAAAAACUCGAGAAACCCAAAAAAUCAGAGAAGAAGUCGAAAAUGCGAGAGAGGCAGGAAUCAGUGGAAAGCCGAAGUAAAAUGGCAGCCUUUCUGCCAGCUAGACAAUUAUGGGGAUGGGCUGGGAAAGGUUACAGACGACCUGGAGCUAAAGGAAGAGCCAAAAAACAAUUCUUUAAGGCCAUUCAACGAGGAAGCGAAACUAUUCAGAUAGGUGAUAGCGCAGUAUUUUUGUCGACCGGCAGACCGGACAGACCUUACAUCGGACGCAUCGAGUCCAUGUGGGAAACUUCCAGUUCCAACAUGAUCGUAAAAGUCAAGUGGUUUUAUCAUCCGGAAGAGACCGUAGGAUGUCCAGCAAAUUUAAAGUAUCCGGGCGCCCUUUUCGAGUCUCCACACAUGGACGAAAACGACGUUCAAACAAUUUCUCACAAGUGCGAGGUGCUACCACUUCCAGAGUACACGGAUAAGCUAGGCAAAGAGCCCCACAGAUACCUAACUAUUUACGACAACAAUGAUAUUUAUUACUUGGCCGGUUACUACGACCCCACCACGUACUUAUUGACUAUGCAACCCGGGGUUGUUUGA